AUGCUUAUAAGAAACAAGACAAUGAAAGUAUUUUCAUUGUGUCCAUACAUUCAAGGAACCAUAUACAUGAGAGAGGGAUUGUUGAUUACGCUAGCGGCCGCUGCUUUUGCAGCACCCAAAGGAUAUGACUUGGGUGUGCCAUCAGGAGCAGGGUUGUCUUCUGAAACGGAAUUUUCAGCAGGUCCUAGCUCAACUGAAACCGAUCUUAGUAGUAGGGAGAAUACCAUUAGCGGUUGCGGAGAUGGUAAAAUUCUACAUGUAGAUGGUACUUGCGUAGUCCCCGAAAUCACAAGAAAUGUUUACUUGUUUAACGUUCCUGAACAGGAACAGGCUGCCGGCCCAACACCUAGUAUUCCUCCCCCGGCAGUAGAGCACAAUAUCCUCUUCGUACGCCUUCCUGAGGAGCAACCAGCACCUGAGCCUAUCGUCCUUCCUUCACCAAGACAGAAUUACAUUAUUUAUGUACUCAACAAGCAGGAUGAACAAGUUCAGCGAGUGAUUGAAGUACCAGCUCAGCCACAGACUGAUCCUGAGAUUUACUUCGUCAACUACCAAGAUGGAGAAAACCCAAUCCUUCCCCUUGGAGUAGAUCUUGAGACAGCACUUAGUUCUGCUGCAGCAGCUGGCGGUCAAGUCCUUGGAGGUCUUGAAGGUGAAGUAUUUAGUGGCACUGAUGGUACCUUCGAAGAAGCUGGAAUUGAUGGUGCCGUCGGAGUUUCAGCAGAACACGGAGGACACGUUUUCGGAAGUGUAAAUGGCGCUAAUGGAGUUAAUGGAGCCGGCGAUGGCUUGGGUGUUAAUGGAGGUUCAGGAAUCAGUUCAUCUGGACUUUACACAACGCCUUAA